AUUUAAAAAAUAUAUAAUGGAUCGUCUAAACCCAUCAUCCAAAGAUUGUAUUGUUCCUCUAAUUGAAGAAAAUUCUCCUUGUAUUUGUAAUAAAUAAUAUAAUAUUAUUAGAAAGCAACAAACAGGAGAUUGAUUCAUAAUUUUUGUUACCACAAUUUACAUAGAUGUUCCAGAAUCCUGAUCUUCUACUUUAAACUGUUUAAUUAGAAUAAUUGAAGCUACAAGCCCAAUUUUAUUCUUAAAUGAAUAAUUUACCACUCAUUACUGAUGAACCUAGAGUAGUUGAUUUAUUUACUCAACAACUUUUGUAAUAAUAACUCAUGAUUAAUGCAGCUCUUCUUAAUCAAUUUUAAGUAAUUAAAUAUUCUAAAGUAGGGAGUUGAAAAUGUUAAUUAGAGUCAAACAAAGGAUUUAGGUGAUAAUAAAAUUAAAAGAAAACAUAUUAAAAAAUCACAUAAUCCUUAAUUUAAUACUGGUAUUUCUUAUUAUUAUCAUCAAUAGGACAUUGGAGUGCAUAAGAACAUUAAGUUUAUUUAAACUUUUUGUAAUAACACAGAGAAGUAAUGGAAAGUUCUGAAUUAAAAAAAACUAAUAAAAUAUUCAAAUUAAUGUCUGAUAUCAUUAAGAGUAGAUCACCCUCUUAAUGUAGAUCUCAUCAUUAAAAAUUCAAUCCAUAUUCUAAAUACUUAAUAAAUGUAAUAAUUAUUCGAAUAUUUUUAGAAUACGAUUGUUCGUAGAAAAAUGAAAGAACAAUAGAAGGACACUUAAUAAUAACAAUAAUAAUAAUAAUAAUAACAAUAAUUCAUAGUUUCUGAAAAUGAAAAUAAUCAAUAAUAAUAAUCUCAAGAAUGUAAUUUAAAAAUUGAAUUCCAAUAAUAAUUAUAGGAUUCAAAAAUUGAAUCAUAACAAUAACUUCAAGAUAGAGAAGACUAACAAUAGGCUAGUGGAUAGAAUUGA